AUGUGUGGGGAAUAUGGCAAGAGCUUCAACCAAAGCUCCAACCUGAUCCGGCACAAGCACAUCCACACUGGGAAACGGCCAUAUUUGUGUGGAGAAUGUGGGAAAAUCUUCAGCCGGAGUACCCACCUGAUCCGACACCAGCACAUCCACACCAGAGAACAGCUCGCGAAGGAGCGGCCCUACAAGUGCUUGGAAUGUGGGAAGAAGUUUAAGACCAGCUCGAAUCUCCUGCUGCACCAGCGGACGCACACGGACGAGAGGCCCUUCUGCUGCUCCAACUGUGGGAAGGGCUUCAACCGGAACUCCAACCUCGUCACCCACCGGCGCAUCCACACCGGGGAGAGGCCCUACAAGUGUGGGGAGUGUGGGAAGAAUUUCACCCGCAGCUCUAACUUGACCAAACACCAACAGACCCACCGGUAAGGGAAGCCCUACCAGUGUCCCGACUGCGGGAAGAGCUUUGGCCGCUGCUUCCACCCCAAAUGAAGCCCCUGAUGGUGAGGCAACCCCUGGAGUCCAGUGACUGUCAGUCCAUCCCUUUCGA